GGAGUAUAAAGACGCUAGCUAGUGAAACACGAGAAGCGGUGCUGCUAUUUCAUCUGCAUGAGGCAAAACACAAUAAUAUUCAAGGAAAUAAAUCCAGUGUAACCUGGCAACCGCGACACUCGAUCUGCCUGAUCAGUCAGUCUGACCGAGGGAGCUGGUAUAGCCGACCGCUACUCAUAUCAUUAACGCCGAUAUUUAUCUAUCGAUCUACCUUGUUCUGAAGAAGAGGGGUGCAGACGGACGGUGCUGAUGCUACAGGUACCGGUGCAGAGCGACAGCGGCAGCCGAGCAAAAGGAUAACAAAGAAAAAAGCGACAGUGAGAAAUGCCAAUUUCGAUAGACACCUGCUAUUAUAGAUAACAAUAAAUAAAACAAAAAAACAACAUUGCAGUAGCGGAAAAAAGCGAGGAGAUAAUAUUGGCACAAAUAUAUCAUUACAACUGUUAUUCUGUGCAAGAAGGGCGGCGCUGGAUACUACAUUAAUAAUACUUAGCACAUCACUUUAGCGUUGAAAAACAAGUGAACAAAAGGAGUUUGUGGGACAGAAAGGAAAGUGAACGAGCACACGCUUUCUAGAUUGUUUUCGUUGUUUGAUCGGCUGUGCGCAUUCCAGACUUUAAUCAAAUCCCAAACCCGAAGUCUUCCUUUGCUCGCUGGUAAGCGGAGAUGCCGGUCCAGGUCCCGGAUGAUUCCGAUUUCAACUCGUUCAGGGAGCAGUGUGAGAAAGUGGACGGAUGGACUGUACACUACAACAAAGCGGGGGUGACGGUGUGGUGCCGAGACCAACAGCAGAGUGAAACUGUGCAGAAAUUAAAGAUGAAAAUAGUCUGCAAGGAUGUAACUGCAGAAACGCUGUAUGACGUCCUGCACGACACCAGCUACCGUAAAAAAUGGGACUCCAACAUGAUUGAUACCUACGACAUUGGAAGGCUGACAGUCAAUGCUGACGUGGGCUAUUACUCCUGGAGGUGCCCGAGUCCGCUGAAGAACAGAGAUUUCGUCACCCUGCGAUCUUGGCUUCCUCUAGGCGGUGACUACAUGAUUAUUAACUACUCUGUCAAGCAUCCUAAAUAUCCCCAAAAGAAAGACUAUGUGAGAGCUGUGUCAGUGCAGACAGGCUACCUGAUCAAAUCCAACGGUGUCAACAGCACGCUCUUCUACAUGACACAGGUGGACCCCAAAGGUUCCUUACCAAAGUGGGUGGUGAAUAAAGUAUCUCAGUUUGUGGCUCCAAAGGCAAUGAAGAAGAUCUACAAGGCCUGUCUGAAGUACCCCGAGUGGAAGCGGAAGCACAACCCCCACCUAAAGCCCUGGCUGUACCCCGAGCAGAACACCCUGCCCAGCAUCAGCCCGGCCGAGCUGUUCCUGCAGCACGCGGACUCGCUGGAGAACAUCGACGAGAGCGGGCUGAGCGAGGAGAGGGGGCACAUCAGCGACGAGGAUGACAGCUACUCCAAAGAGUCCUAAUGUGAGCACGGUCAGCUCACUGAGCAUGCAAUACUGAGCCUGAUCACAGGGCAAUAACCCCAGCAGAGCCACUCCAUACCGGAGCCCCACACAAUCACUGCAGAUUACCCCAGGAGCCCCAACGACAUGCCCAUACACACCCAUACUGAAAAACACUUACUGAACAACAUGCACAAUAAAACCCUCUGAGCCAUUCAGUAACACAGUCAUUGACCUCGUUAGUAUCCCAAUACAAUUAUACUGAGCCACUGUACUUAAAUACUGUAGAAUUAUCCCAUGCAGCUAAUAUCCACGUCCUUAUUUUAUAUAAUCUAUUUCUACUUGGGCUUUUCCCCACUAGCCACUUACUCACUCCUGUGCAAGCUUAAUGUCCCAUUCGAGGAUAGCUAGCACAUACUCACCUAUCUUAAUGUGACCAUUAAGACACCGUUCACACGUCUAUCAAUCUGGGUGUCCAUUAUAUAUCUAGUGAAUCUAAUACAAGUACAACAUUUGAAGACAUUGCAAGUUUCUUUAAGUAUUUCUUUAUUCAGCACUAUUUAAGUUAUGGAUGACAAACCAAAUACUAAUCAAUUCAAAAUUCCCCCAAUGAAAUUCAAAGGAACUGACUGCAACAUGAUUUAAUGUAGCUAAAUCCUACAGCGACUGACAACAUAUACAUUAGAAACAGGGGGGUCCCUAAGCAAUGGACAACAUCAUCAGCGCAUUGAUUCAAUCGAAGUAGAUGUUCCAGUGAAUCCUAGAAUCCUCUGGGUGACAAAUCAUCCUAUCUGGAAAAUAAAUGAAAUCCCUUUAAUCCAUGGGAAUAUCAUCUCCCAAGGUGUCUGAGGUCAAUAGCAGUGCUCAGAGGGCUCAUAAACGACAGUGCCUCUGCAGUAAAGAGACACUGUUUUGAUUAGAAUCCUUGUUAAUCAACAGCAUCACUGCAAGUCUGUGUCUUUUUAGAUUUUCUUCGCAGAAGUCUGAUACCGUAUAAGACUUGUUUUAAAUGAAAUACAACUUCAUAGUGACUGCCGACAGUUCGGCUUGGUUGAUGACAUAUUCAGGAAAGCGUAUUAAGCAUCAGAUUUUUUAUAAUCUAUUUUUCUGAAUGUUUUCUAACUUUCACUUCAACACAGUCAGGUAGCCUUUUGCUGCAGACCGGUAAUUGAAAUUGAAAACUUAGUUACGGUACUGCAAUAAUAAUAAUAAUAAUAAUAAUAAUAAUAAUAAUAAUAAUAAUAAUAAUAAUAAUAAUAAUAAUAAUGAGGGUGAAUGUUUUAAGGUUUAGACCCAGCAAACAGAUUAUUAGUUAAUAAUACAUUCUCAAUAUAAAUUGGAAUGCUUGCUUGUAUAGAGAUUUUAGAAGAUUAACUUAUUAUACAGUACAGUACAGUAUAUAUAUAUUUGCAAACUGAGGACUAGGAUAUGGAAAUUGUAUGUUUAAAAUGUAUUUUGUGCAUGUGUGUUCCAGGUCAUCUUUUGUUGGUAGUAUCUUUAAUACACUGUAAUUACAAUUAUUAAUUAGUUAUUGCUUGUGAGGUUACAUGGUUAUUACACUGUAAAUACACAACCUUAUGUGUAUAUAUUGUGCAAUUACAACAGACGCCAGUAACUGACUUUUUGUUUUUACACAAUUACAACAAGAAAAGCCUGAAUUGUUUUAAAUUUGCAUGAGUUUAGACAUGAUCCCCUUUGCAAUACAGAAAAUUGGACAAUACUUUGCUUUGCCAGAAAUAGACUAUGUAACAUGCACAGUUUAAUUAGAGUUGCAGAAGUGACGAGGCAUUUUACUUGUUUUCUGUUUGAAAUGAUCACAGUCUGUUUUAAACCCUAUCACAUGUCUAUUGAAAGAGACUAAACAAAUCAAAAGUCUCUUGAAUAAUUAAAGCAGGAAAACAUGAUGGCGAUUCUGUGGACUGGACAGUAACACUACAACAAUACAAUACCAUUUUUUAUGCACCCUUCACAUGGCAUCUCAGAGCGCUGUAUGCACAAUACACUCCAGCUACAAGUAAUUAUAUAAAAGCACAUUUAAAAAAGGACGUUUUCAAUUUAGACAUCAAAUAAGAAUCCCAAAAGAACAGGGUAGUAAGCUAUGUUGUUUGAGGCAUGAUAUUACUUGAUUUCGAUGAUGCAUGCAGUUUGCAGCACCUUAAAAGUACUAUAUCGUUACUGCUGUUGAGAACAGACUGUCAAUCCUUCAGUACACUGUAGUAGCUGGCAUCUUUCUUGUGUGUGUAUAUAUAUAUAUAUAUAUAUAUAUAUAUAUAUAUAUAUAUAUAUAUAUAUAUAUAUAUAUAAACUAUGGCUUGAUAUUUUACACUUUUCACUGCAGCCAACGGCUUACUCGCAAAAUGAACUGCAAAAUGUACAGGGAAAUAUACAUGAAUACAUCCCUUCCAGCUGCUGUAUUAUGUAGACAAUGUCCUAGUGUUUGCAGUUCUUUUGCUGAGAAUUUGAAUGUAUUGUUGUAGGCAUUACCAACAGACCUACCAGAUUGGGUAUAGACCAUAUAGUCUGUGAAACCUGGUAACACAAACUGUACCCCAACAACAGGAACUGUCCCGCCCAAACCAAAUUCAUGGAUUGCUGAAAUGACUUUUCUCAAAUGAGGCGCUGUCAUUUCUAUUGAAAAGUUAAAAGAGUUUAAAAUGACCCGAGUCUUUCUGAUUUCUAAUAAGGUUUAGUCAAAGCCGCAUGGUUUGUGCUCCCAAGUUUCUGUCCUCUGUUUGUUUUAUAUCAUUUGGUAGGCCUGGACUGGUUUGAUACUCAGAGUUGAUGCUGUGCCUUGUGUCCAACUGGUGAAAGGACUGGAUUGUUUUGUGUUUGUCUGGUUGUUUUUCUUUCAGAAAUAAUAAAAAGGGUUUCUG